UUAUAGCAUUGCCGAUGUUACAUUUCCAGUAUAGGUAUAGAUUUAUUCUCUUCGAGUUUCUUUUGAAUUUGUCAGUUUACUCCAAUUAUAUUUAUGACUUCGUUGCAUUUAGAUAGUACUCUUUUUAUAUGUAACUUCCAAUUUGCCUCUUCCAACAUUUCCACUAUUUUUGUAGCUCCAGUACAAGAUCUUAUAAAAAUCUGCGCGGUUUUCGCUUCGCUUCACACUUUUGCAGCACUUAAACGGAAUAAAAGCAUACUAAUUUUAUACUUGCUCUUAAGGCGGCAGUUGAAAGUUUUAUCAACGAAGAGACAGUAUACAUACAUACCUGACGGAGAAUGUCCAUACAUAUGUAUGUGCAUACAUGCCAGUAUACACCAGAAGUAUACUCUGCAAUGAAUAUACUAGUAUUAAACAAAUAUUGAUAUGCCAUCGCAACUCUCUUCUAUUACUGAGCAGACUUUCCGAAGAACUGUUAUACAUUUGUUACUUGUCUGACAUGUUCGAUCUAGCCAAAUUCUAGGCGGUACUCCUAACAGCAGUGACAAUUGAGUCAUCUACGGAAAGUACAGUUAGCAGUACAAGUAUAUCAAUGCCCAUUAUAAACCGAGGCAAUAAAAUUUUAAAGAAUCCAACAGUACCGAAAUCUGCGUUGAGAGUUGAUAAUCAAAGCAACAGAGGCGGCGGGAAAAAUGCAGAACUUUCAAAGCAAUUACUUGUGGCAUUGUCUUCCAAAUCAUAUAUUAGUAAGCCAAACUCAACAACUCCUACACCGGUUAAACUUACAAAACGUGCUGGCUCUGCUGCUGAUAUAAAACAUAAAAAAAUAAGUAAAGAUAAUUUAAAUCGUACGGGAGAUGUUGCAACACGUGGAAAACUCCGUCAAGAAGUGGACCACAUUGCCGACUCAUCAGGACAUAUUCCAUAUCGAAUAAGCCGCCCGCAUCUUGGACUGUCAGGAUACGAAUCCACCGCAGUGAGUCACAGUUCAAAUGAUGGCAGUGACGACUACCACAAUUUGUCCUAUGAGUCCGAUAAGUGGCUAAGUGAUUACUGGGAACGAGACUACAAUAAACAAUUCCUUUUUAAUAAUACUCGAGUACACCAUAUUGAGGCUGAGUGUCAGGAUGACUACAUGAAAAUUCGCAUUGGAUUCAAUGAUACAUUUAAUGGACUAAUAUAUUCAGCUGGCUAUGCUUAUGAUCCCGAUUGCAUGUAUAUAAAUAGUUCAGGUCGAGAUUAUUAUGAAUUUUUUAUUCAGUUGAACCGUUGUGGAACUUUAGGAAAAAAUGGAUUUCAUGAAGAAAAAAGAAAAAAUCCUACCAACUUUAUGUGGAAUACUGUAACAGUACAAUACAAUCCCCAUAUCGAAGAAGAAUUUGAUGAACAUUUUAAAGUCACCUGCGAAUAUGGCUAUGAUUUUUGGAAAACAGUGACAUUUCCAUUUUUAGAUGUAGAAGUAGCUACUGGCAACCCAGUGGUCUUUAGUCUAAGCCCACCAGAGUGUUAUAUGGAAAUACAAAAUGGGUACGGAAUUGGAGGACCACGUGUCACUGGGCCUGUCCGGGUCGGUGAUCCGCUUACAUUGAUAAUUUACAUGCGCAGCAAAUACGAUGGUUUCGAUAUUGUUGUCAACGAUUGUUAUGCUCAUAACGGAGCUAACAAAAAGAUUCAGCUUAUUGAUGAAUACGGUUGCCCUGUGGAUGAUAAGCUUAUUUCCAGAUUUCGAGGCUCUUGGUCUGAUUCGGGAAUUUUCGAAACACAAGUGUAUGCAUAUAUGAAGACUUUUCGGUUUACAGGCUCACCAGCACUAUAUAUAGAAUGUGAUGUACAAAUGUGUCAUGGCCGAUGCCCAAGCCAACCAUGUCACUGGCGUAAUUUGAAAACUGUAUCUAAACGUGAUAUAUCGAAUUCAACAACGCUCAACACCGCUUCUGAAGUAGAACAAAUGCAUUUAUCACAAAAUCCUAGAAAUAAAUUAGAAGAUGAUAUAAUGGCUGUCUCGAACGCAGAUAAACAACAUACUUCGUUAUCGGAGAAUUUGAAUCUGUUUCAAUCGUUGCGAGUACUACAAGAGGGUGAGUCCGAUGGAGACUCACAUUCUCGUCGGUUGGAACCUCUAAUAAAUCAAACAUGUAUGAAAACGACUACGUUUUCAGCGCUAACAAUAACCUUUUCUGUAGUUAUGUGCAUACUCUCGGGCACAUUAGUGGUAACUUGUGCUCGGCUAAAGAGACGCAGUAAAGAUGCAUCUUUACAUGAAACAUACAUUACUCACAAAGGACAAAUCGAUUAAUGUUCAUUUAAUUCACAAAAUUAAUGUUAAGUAAAUAUGUAAAUACGAAUAUUUUCUUUAACAUGAUCAUAGAUAAUUAAAUGGAACAUAACAUGGACUAAUGACUUCUAAUCUCAAAAAUAUUUUCAGUAUUAGUGGGGAAAAGUCGUUUAAGCGUUCGAUUCCCUUUGUUUCAAAUUUGUAUAAUAGUUUUGUUCACGUAACGGUUGUUUGCAACACCGUAAACUAAAAGAGUUAGAUAUAUAGUUAUAUGUGUAUGUCAAACUGUUCAAGUUGACGAGACCAGUUGAAAUCCUGAUGUCUGUCUGCCCGGCCAUAUAUCUGUGUAAAGCGCUAACUUGAGUAAAAAUUAAGAUAUUUUAAUGAAAUAAUUGGUAUUGAAAAUAGGCGAAAUCGGGCCAUUCCCACGGCCACAAAAUGGUGAAAACCGAAAUUUCGACAGUCGUUAAAUAUACUACAACCAGUCGCACAGUUAAGGUAAAACAAUUUAUACUAUUCCAACCUAAAACUAAAUUUAUUACACUUCAGGUU